AUGGACCUCCUGCAUCGACUAACACGAACCUACACCGUCAUACUCGCCGUGACCACCUCGAUGGGCGCAGCCCAAUCUUCAUCGCCUCGUGCGAGCCAUGGCCAUGCUAUCGACCCUGAGCUGUCCCUAGUCAUGCAAGCGAAUGCUCAGAUCAGUCAAGCCACUGAACUCAAAGAGACAUGGGCCUGGCUCGAGCAUCUGAGCUCAAAACCAGCGUGCACUCAGCUCGCGACGUCAAAACUUACGAUUGAAUGUCAAAUUCUUGACAACGCAUCAGAAUUUGCGAAAAGCUAUCCAGAUCAAGUUCUAGAAGACGUGCACAACGAAUUCGCUCUCAAACUAGCCAUUUGCGAGUUUGUUGGUGCUCAAGAUCACUAUUCAAAGGCACCUCCCACGUGUCAGGCAUUUCUUCCGUCCCACGAAGCCUGCGUUAAACGAUCUUGGUGGAGCAAGGCAGAAGUGAUCACUGAUGAGCUCUGUUACCCCAAGGCAACCAAGACAGAUCUCCAGCAAUGCCUCACAACGAUGCAAGCGUUACCCCAAACCUGGACUUCCUACAGUAAUGCAAGAUAUCGUGCUAUGCACAUCUGCCAUCUCACCCGGCAGCACAUCGAGACAGAACGGGCUAUUCAGGUCCACAAAAACCUCACUCUUGUGGUAGCCAAGAUGCACGAAUCCGUCCAGCCCUUGGGGUCGAAGAUGCAGUCUAUGAACGAUCAACUGAACACAUUCUCUGACGAUUUCCGCCGAUCCCUCGAACAGUCUCAGCAGGCAGCUGAUAAAUUUACAACAUUUGCGAACGACGCCCAUAAGCAAUAUCAUGACCAACUGAUGGAGACUAACGAAGACCUUCGCAACCUGCGGUCAGGAUUGGAAGCUUCGCAACACCAUAUCGAUGAAUAUUAUGCCGCGCUCCAAUCUAGGCUGUAUGAGAACUUCGAGACCUCAAUUGCGAAGAACAACGAAGUCAUGUCGCUGCAGCAAGUCGAUUUCUUGGUUCAAUUUUCUACAGGCAUGGACGAGUUCUUCCAGGGAAAGGCCAUGGAGCUUUCCAAACAGUUGAAGGCGCACAAGGAAGAGCUGCAGGAGUAUCACACCAAGAACAUACUAGCCCUACAACAACAGCACGAAACGACGGUAAAGAGUUUAGACAUCCUAGGUACCGGGCUUUCCAGCACCAGCUCGGAAAUUGACAGACUCAACGACAAGAUCAGUUCCCUGAAUAGCGAUUUGAAUGGCUCCAUUGCCAAAAUGGAGAUCCUCAACGCGGGCCUGGGUAGCCUUGCUUCGGUGGCACAAACCGCAGGACGCCUGCUAGGAAGUUUCGAGACCUUCGUCACCUAUUUCAGUCUUGGAGGCAUCAUUGUGGGACUAUUGUUGUUCAUUCGAAGUGUGUCUGGUGUACCCUUUGUUGAUAAAGCGGCUCGUAAACUCAUAACCUUAACACUCACAUUGCUCGUCUUUAGCGCAUCGGCUUACGCUAUCGCACGGCGCCUCCCUAUGUCCUUCGACCUGGACACGUUGGAGAUGCUUCACGAAGCGUAA